AUCCGCUUGACCAAAUCCAUGCCUCCUUCCUCAGCUCUGUUUCUUGCUUUGUUUUGUUUCCCCCCUGCUUAUUAAGGUUACUUAUUCGUUAUCUAAAAUGGGGGGGGGGCAAAGUUCUUGAAAGUGAAUCGCCUGGCUCCUUUCCGCCAGCACCAUGUGAGACAAAAGGGACCUUGGAAUUGAGAUUGCCAGCUAGGCAGAAAAAGUAGCCCUGCCGUAUCUCCGCCCAGGGGCACAUCACCUGCUCUGAAAAACUUCUGGGAGACUGACAGGAGGAAGGCAAGGUGGAGUUUACGUUGUAAAAGAGGUCGGAGGCACAAAUUAGAAGAUAAUCCAGGUUAAUGCCUCUAGGCCUGCAGACAGGUGUUGUUGUGGUAUGGUUAGGCGUUCUGGACUGGCCUUGAUUUGUGAACUUUUCCGAAGGAAUAAUCGCAUUGGAUUCUGCUGCUAUCACUCCAAGGCAAAGAUGUCCAAGAUGGUUUCAGCUCGACGGCUGGAAGGCAUGGACAAGAACAUCUGGGUGGAGUUUGUCAAGUUGGCAGCCACUUACAAGAACGUGAACCUGGGCCAAGGCUUUCCCAAUUUCCCUCCCCCAGACUUUGUCAGGGAAGCAUUUGUGGAGGCCGUCAGCGGAGAGAACACCUUGCUGCACCAGUACACUCGAGCUUUUGGCCAUCCCCGUUUGGUGGCGAUCCUGGCCCGCUUUUUGGGAAAGCUGCUUCAACAAGACCUCGACCCUCUGACGAAUGUGCUGGUGACCACUGGGGCCUAUGAGGCUCUUUUCUGCUGCUUCCAGGCUCUGGUGGAUGAUGGCGACGAGGUGAUCAUUAUCGAGCCGUACUUUGACUGCUAUGAGCCCAUGGUGAAAAUGGCUGGUGGGACUCCAGUGUUCAUACCUCUGCGGCUAAAUGUCGCAAAAAGCAGCAGGCUGAUCUCCAGCAGAGACUGGCAACUGGAUCCGGCAGAGCUGGCGGCAAAGUUCACCGAGCGAACCAAAGCCAUUGUCCUAAACUCUCCCAACAACCCGCUGGGGAAGGUGUUCAGCAGGAGGGAGAUGGAGCUCAUUGCAGACCUGUGCGUGAGACAUAACGUCCUCUGUUUCAGCGACGAGGUGUACGAGUGGCUGGUCUAUGAUGGAAAUGAGCAUAUCCGGAUCGCCAGUUUACCCGGAAUGUGGGAACGUACUGUGACCAUUGGGAGUGCUGGCAAAACCUUCAGUGCCACGGGAUGGAAGGUUGGCUGGGCCAUUGGGCCCGAUCCCCUUUUGAAGCACCUCAGGACAGUUCACCAAAACUCGGUGUAUCAUUGUGCGACAGCAGCUCAGGAAGCCGUGGCCUGUGGGCUGGAGAAAGAGUUUGAGCGUUUGGGGAAACCCGAUAGCUAUUUCGUUCAACUCCCGCAACAGCUCCAGCAGAAGCGGGACUUCUUGAUCCAGAGUUUGGUUGCUGCAGGCAUGAAGCCUGUUGUCCCCGAGGGCACCUAUUACUUAGUGGCUGACUUCUCAGCAUUCAAAGAUGAACUCUCUGAUCAGCCAGACUCGGAGGAGCCCUGCGAUUCCCGGUUUGCUAAGUGGAUGAUCAAGAACAAGGGGUUAACGGCCAUCCCGGUCUCCGCCUUCUACAACCCCUCGCAGAAGCAGAACUUCGACCAUCUCAUCCGCUUCUGUUUUGCAAAGGAAGACUCUACUCUGAAAGCCGCAGACGAUAUCUUGCAGCAAUGGAGAACGAGGGAGCCGGAAACUGCUGGGCAGCGAUUGGUCGGGUGGAACAUGGCGGAGAGGAGCGAGGCGAAGCGCCUGCGGGAGGGAGAAGACAAAAAAACUGACUGGCGCAAAUGGAAGCAACAAAAAAAGGAGGAGAAGAAAAAAUGGAAGGAGAUAAAACUCCUGAGGAAACUAGAGAAGAAGAGAAUGCAAGAACUAGCGGAGAAGCAAAAAGAAGAGGCAACGCCAGUUGAAGAUAAAGGGCGUCACUACACGGUCAGCGUAGCUCUUCCGGGCUCAAUUCUCAACAAUGCCCAGUCGCCGGAGUUGCGGACGUACCUUGCUGGGCAGAUCGCCAGAGCCUGCGUCAUCUUCUGUGUAGACGAGAUCGUGGUGUUUGACGAGCAAGGAGAAGAUUCAAAGACAGUCGAAGGCGAAUUUGAAGGGAUCAAGAAGCGAGGGCAGCCCUGUGUGCAGCUCGCCCGGAUCCUGCAGUACUUGGAAUGUCCCCAAUACCUAAGGAAAUCUUUUUUUCCCAAACACCAGGAUCUGCAGUUUGCAGGGCUCCUGAAUCCCUUAGACAGCCCCCACCACGUGCGGAUCGACGAGGAAUCGGAGUACCGGGAAGGAGUGGUUUUGGCUCGUCCCACCAAGUCUGCCCGGGGAUCCUUUGUGAACUGUGGAAUGCGGAAGGAGGUUCAGAUAGAUAAGCUGCUGGAAGCUGGUCUUCGAGUCACAGUGCGGCUGGAUCCACAGCAGAAUCCAGAGAGCAAAACGCAGAAGGGUAUCGUCGUGUCAUCGCAUCAGCCCCGCAGCUCUUCAGGGCUUUACUGGGGCUACAGCGUCCGCUUAGCGUCCUGCCUGAGUGCCGUGUUUGCUGAAUCCCCAUUUAAGGAAGGCUAUGAUCUCUCCAUCGGGACCUCUGAGCGAGGGGCUUCCGUGGACCAAACAACUCUUCCUCCUUUCAGCCACGCUCUAAUCGUUUUCGGAGGUUUGCAAGGCCUGGAAUCUGGCGUGGACUCUGACCCAAACCUGGAGGUCACAGAUCCAAGCACCUUGUUCGACUUGUAUUUGAACACCUGCCCGGCGCAGGGAAGCCGCACCGUCAGGACUGAGGAAGCGAUUCUCAUCUCUCUGUCGGCGCUGAGACCUCGGAUUGCCAAAGCGGCGAAGGAAGGCAGCAAGAGAUGAACGAAAAGAAGCCGUCGGACCCUAAAAUGCACGCAGUCCGUUUGCUCUGACUUAACGCUGAAACGGAAAGCGACAGUUGUAUCCACCUUUCCUAAACUUCUGGACUGCUGUCUCUCUGUGGGAGGUUAAGUAACGCAUGAAGAUUGACCCACCUGCUGCCCCCAAAUUGUGGAAACGGCUGGACUCCAAACGGAGUGGAGCAGUCCAGCAUAAAUGGAAGAGGAAAUUAGAUGUGCCACGAGCCAGCUAGGCCAGGCCUUUCCCAGGAAGAGGCAUCUGCUUUGACCUUUGGAGUACAGAGAGGACGACCAACUUGGGGUGGGGGGGGGGGGGACAAUGCCGUUCCAUUCAUUUCACCACCACCCCAAAAAAUGCCAGUGUUGUUGCAACCAAGAAAUGCGACUUUCCACAUUCAUGUCGAGCGGAGAGGAGAUGUCUUUAUUGACAAAACAGGAUUUCUGUAGGAAUCUUGAUUUCUUAAAAAUAACAGUAUUCCAGGAGUAUCUUUGAUGCAUAAAAUGGCAAAUCUUGUUUAAGCGUGUGUGUGGGUAAUUUCAAUGUAAAUUGGGGUGGGGGUGGGGGUGGCAAGCAGGGACAGGGAGAGAAGGUAGUUUCAACACAAAUAGCUUUUCUCCAGCUUAAGACAUGUGGAAGAGCCUCAGGUCAGGGGACUAAAUGGAGUUCUCCCCGAGCCCACACAGAGAGAGGCAGUUUCCCACUACACAAGAAAAUUCCCAGUUUGUAACUUCACACACCUGUCUGCCAAUAUUCGGAAGCCCACAGAAGCUGCAACCUCACCAAUGCAAACCCUACACCCUCCCCCCCAAAAUAGGUCUGAAUCGGGGCUGCAGGCAGCUGUGAGAGGGCUCUGGGAGACUUACCUAGUGGUUAUAGCCAGACAGAAAAUGAAUGCUCCCCCCUGCUAAGUAAUAUUAAUAAAUCAUUAUUAUGUGAUGUAUUAACUCUCUUCCCUCAGUAAUAAUAAAUGUUAUUAAUAUAA